AUGGGGUCCACUCUCUCUGACUCUCAUAUGCAGGAGAUGGGUGUAUUCCAGGUGGCUGUGAAUGCCCAGCGUCAGUCGGAAAAUGAACACUGGAAUUCUUAUCGUGAUGGAAGAAUUACUUCUUCCAUAUUUUCUAAUGUUUUGUCGUUCAAGGGUGAAAGCCCAAAUUACUUGGUUAAGUUCAUUUUGCAUCACAGCUCCAUUAUAUCAUCAGAGGCCAUCCAAUAUGGGAUGAAGAAUGAGCCAAUACAGGGACAGAUGGGUAUAUGUGAGCACAAUUGGUGUGAUUUUGUUUUAUUUACUGGCAAUUCUAAUAUAUUUGUUGAACGAAUCCACAAAGACAAAGAUUACUUGUGUAACAUGCUUUCAAAUCUGUGCACAUUUUAUCAUAAAUAUGUAUACCCAAAGCUGCUGCGGAAACCAGCUGAAGAGUGA